AUGGAGAUAUCCUUCCGCAGUAGCACUAGUUGCUUUGAGUUCGCAGUAGAAUUUCUUGGCUGGAUGUAUGAUACCAUCUUAGCGUUCGAUUCUCUUAUCUCGAACCUGAAGAAGGGGGUGAGACUAUUACAAAGCUUUGACCUGUAUCUGACAAAGUGUAGGAGGAGGAACCAUGAAACCUGUUUGGAACAAGAUGAGGAGGAGAAGGAUGUUACGUCUUCCAGAAUUCAAGAUCUGAUUAUCAGGAGAAUGGAAGGUCUUGAAUUUGCUUGCAGCGAAUACUUGAUUCAUUCUCGUUCGCCUGAUUGGACUCAUAUUGAAGGUGAGCUCACCAUAUUCUUGGAAGCAAUCAAGUUGUUUUUCGAAACAGAUAUCAACGAAUCGUGCAUCAACUUUCUGCUGGACUGUUACUGGCUGCGAGAUCCAGAGCUAGUUAUUGAUUUCAUUGAUUCAGUUUCCGAGAAUCUGGCAGAAAUUGACGAAUCCCAUUUCAAACGCCUUGACAAGAAGCUAAUGUUCUUGAAGAGUUUCAUUCGCUUUGCCAUAUUUUGCGGUAUCGAGGGUCAGAAAUCGAUAGAUCUCUUGAUUCAUGCUGAAGUGGUGGCUAUCAAUGCAUUACACGUGUUUUCUAUAUGGUGGUUCGAUAGCGGUACAUACAAUGGAGAAGUAUGGAAGAAAACAGAACUUCAAAUUUGUCGACUAAUAAGUGAGAAGAUUAAUCUCGGUAAUCCCCAGGUCCGAGAAACUUACAACCAUGUCUUGACUCUAGCAAAGUUGUCAAGAUCAUCAGACAUUUUAGCUCUGGAGAAGAAUAAGCAUCUAGUAGCUGACUUUAUGGAUGAUCUCAUUACCAAUAUUAUGGAGCUAGUAGAAUCUUGUACCAAUACUUUGGUUCCGAUUAUGAAUCAAAUGCUAAAACUCCUCGAGGGGCUAAGAUUCCUGACAAUCCUUCUCAGGCAUCAGGAGAAGUUCAAAGAGCUAUGCCAUGAAAUGAAGAAUCUUAUUGUAGUUGUGGCCUGUGAUGCAGCGGUUGUAAUUAUCUCUCUUUCUGUGAAUCAAAUCGAAGAAGGCUUGUCCAAGGAAACCGAUCUUGCUCUUUUUCAUUUGCUCAAAGUGCUCAAGUUUGUAAGGGCAGAAUUUACACAGGUCGAUCCACUAACACCAGUAUCAGGAUUUGGUUUUCCUAGGAUCAGUGAGUUGGGAUCUAUGGAUUUUCUCCUAAGAAAUCUGAAGGAACUAGCAAGGUCCGAUGAAAUUAAUGGUUCAAAUGCUUUUCCAGUGGAUACAAUCCAGACGAUCCAAGAAGAUUUUGAAUUCUUAAGAUCUUUUCUGGAGAAAAUCAAGGAGCAGCUCAAUCACAACGAAAAACUCCAAGCUUUCUGGAGUCGUGUUAUGGAGGUUGCAUAUAAAGCAGACUUAGUGAUCGACUGGACACUUGUUGGUGAUGGACGUGAAUAUUUUUUGGAUGAUGUUGCUAGAGAUAUCAAUGUUAUGAAGAUUGAGGCUCAAGAGAUCUAUGAUAGGAUAAACUAUGUUGGUGAAACCAAGAGAGUCACCAAGACUUUCACUCGCAUGCCAUCACAAGUUACCGCCGCCACGUACAAUGAAGGUCUGGUGCGUCUCGACAACGAGGUCGAAACUAUCACUCAAAGACUUACAAAAGGGGCAAGGCAAUUGGAUGUUGUUCCUAUCGUGGGUAUGCCUGGGCUUGGUAAGACCACAUUAGCCACUAUAAUUUACAGUUCUUCUUCAGUAAUGUUGCACUUCCAUAUUCGUGCUUGGUGUAUUGUUUCUCAAGCAUAUAGCAUGCACAACUUGUUAGUUCAGAUAUUGGGUAGUAUUGAAUCUGGGAAACUUGAACAAUAUCAAAAUAUGGAUGAACAUGAUUUGGCUAUAAAGCUAAAACAAGUGUUGCUGAGAAAUAGGUAUCUCCUAGUUUUGGAUGAUUUGUGGGAUGCUAAGGCAUGGAACUUGUUGGAGAGAUUAUUGCCCGAUGAUGCCAAUGGAAGCAGGAUUGUCAUCACGAGCAGAUUGCAGAAUGUGUCUCUGCAAUUCAAACCUGAUAGCAAAGUUCACCAUCUCCGCCACCUUACCAACGAAGAGAGUUGGAAUUUGCUGCAGAAAAAGUUAUUUGGCCAAGAAGGUUGUCCUCCAAGACUAAGUGGAGUUGCAUCUCAAAUAGCAAAAUCUUGUAGGGGCUUACCUCUCACAGUUGUUCUUGUUGCUGGAAUUCUUGCCAAUAGUGCAGAAGACUCCUGGGAAGAAGUUGCAAAGAGUCUAACUUCCAGUAUUGUCCUUGAUGAUGAACACUGCAUGAAGACACUUGAGCUGAGUUACAGUUAUUUACCAGAUGAUUUGAAGUCAUGCCUUCUUUACUUUGGUGCAUUUCAAGAAGACGAAAAUGUUCAUAUCCGAAGGUUGUUAUGGCUCUGGAUCUCUGAAGGAUUCAUACGAAAGAUUGAAGGAAAGAGCUUAGAGGAUGUGGCAGACAACUACUUGAAGGAUCUGGUUGAUAGAAGUUUAGUUAUGGCUUCCAAACAAAGAACUUCGGGUGGUGCCAAAGCAUGCCGGCUUCAUGAUUUGGUACAUGAGUUUUGUGUUAAAAAAGCCAAAGAAGAGAACUUUCUACAUAUUUUGCGUAGUCAGAAUGAUGGUUUUGUUCUAACUGGCCAAAGCAACCCCCUCCGAGUUUGUGAUCAAAAUGCCAGGAAUUUGAUGAUUUGGGAAUUAAUGUUAGAAUUUCCCAAUGUACGCAGUUUGUUAUUGUUUAGGGAGGACGAUUUGGGGUUUUGGUUACCUAAACUUCUAAGAGUGUUGGAUUUGGGGGAAUUGGUGUUUGGUGCAUAUUUUCCGAUGGAAGUAUUUUUGCUUGCUCACUUGAGAUACUUGGCUCUUUUUCUUUACUUCAUAGACUCUAUCCCAGCUGCAAUAGCAAACCUCUCAAGGUUACAAACUUUUCUGCUACGAGGAAACGUCAUUGAUUGUUUGUUACCCAAGACUAUUUGGAGCAUUAAGACAUUGAGGCAUCUAUGGACUACAGAUUCCAAUAUUGGUUUUAUUUUUCCAAUUGAAAAUCUUGAAGUAUCCCCAGGUUUAGAUCAUUUAGACACUUUAAGCCUUGCCAUUGAUUCCUCCUCUCAAAACUUGCAAAAGAUACUAGCAAAGUUACCAAGCAUCCACAGGCUAAGAUGUAAGAUGAGGAAAUCAAGAGAAGAAUCUACCAGAAUUGGCGACGGGAUUCUCGUGUUUGACUAUUUGAGUCAACUAGAAUCACUUGCUCUGCGUUCCUUUCGUGGAUAUGGAUUUAAAUUCCCAUUGAAUUUGAAGAAGUUGACUCUCUACAGGAAUGAUCAACCAUGGAGUGAAAUUUCAACAAUUGGAAAUUUGCCCAGUCUCGAAGUGCUUAAAUUACUCGAGCGCUCCUUCUCUGGGGAAGAAUGGGAUAUGAAAGAAGGGGAGUUCCCUAACCUCCGAGUUUUGAAAUUGUCUAUGUUGUGGGACUUUCGCAGCUGGAUUGCGUCUCCUGAUAAUUUUCCCCGUCUUGAGAAAUUGGUUGUGCAUAGCUGUCUAAAGUUGGAAGAGGUACCUUCUUGUUUAGGGGAAUGUCCGACUCUUGGAAUGAUUGAAGUGAAACGAUGUGGCGAGUCUGUUGCAAGUUCAGUGAAGCAAAUUCAAGAAGAACAGAUAGAUAUGGGAAAUGAGGUUCUAAAGAUCUUAAUUGAAUAUUGUGGUGACGCACGGAAUUCCAGCAAAGAAGAAGAAGAAGAAGAAGAAGAAGAGUCAAGUCCCCCCUCGCAAGUAGUCUAA